AUGAAUUUGAGUAUAUUCUUUGCAUUAUACUUUCUUGUUACUGGUGCUGAUGCCUUUAGAAAAUGGCACCCAUACGGCCAUGACUACCUGGCUCACAUUGGGUGUGGCAUUUAUAUUUCUCGUACAGUAACGUUUGCAGACACAAAAAACAAUUACAUUAAAUUCUGCAACAAUAGGAAUGGUUUGGCCACCAUGGUUGGAUGUCUUGCGGAUGCCAACUAUAACUCUACCAGAAUGUUGAGGUAUCUCCAAAUGAGUUGCAUGAAAGACUUCGAGAUUGAAGUCCCUUGGGAGAACUAUACAACUGCCUACUCAUACCUCUUACAGAGUGGAGUUACCCUCAAACUGCUCAGAGAUCGGAAAUAUAACUCUACAAAAGAAAGAUUAAAGACUCCGGUAUAUCUCAAUAAGACCAUGUCAACCUUGUACGUGAAAGCCGAGCAACACUACCUUGACAUUUACUCGAACUCCAUGUACUAUGGAAUUGGAACAGUAGCCUACUGGGGUCUUGUCUGUGUAAUUGGUGCCAUUGCUAAUUGGUCCAUGAUUUUAUUCCCUAGUCUCAGAAUCGCAAUUGAUGGAAGAGUCUCUAAACUUUGGAGAAAAUGGGUGACUCUUCCUGCUCUCUUCGGAAAAAAGAAAACAGCAAUGCAAAGACUCGGCUUUUUCUCGAUGUUAAUUCCUUCAAGAAUCGAGUCCAUUGUGUCACUUCUUUUUAUCGCUUUGCUUAUUGCCGUGAACGCUGCCGAACUUCAUUUUCUUGAGGGAGACCCCAUUUUCAAGAACAGCAGGAAGUAUGCAUUGAUCAAAUACUUCUCAAUUAGAACCGGUGUUGUCUGCACUGUGCUCAUUCCAGUUUUAUUGUUGUUUGGAGGACGCAACAACUUCUUGAUGUGGCUUACUAGAUGGAAGUACUCGACUUUCGUCGCCUACCACAGAUGGAUUGGUAGAUGGGUUGUUUUGAUGGCUUUUCUUCAUUCGGUCGGAUAUACAGAAGUGUUCAUUAUCCGUGAACAGUACGCAGAAGAAAUGGCUGAGAACUACGUGAUUUGGGGUGUUGUUGGUACCGUGUGUGGAUGCCUUAUUUUAUUUCAGGGUUUGCUUUAUUUGCGCCGCAACUGGUAUGAGACAUUCUUGGUAAUUCAUAUUUUGUUGGCCGUUUUUUUCGUGGUGGGUACCUGGUAUCAUGUCAUUCGUCUUGGGUACGGCCAGAUCAUGUUCGCUGCUGUAGCAGUAUGGGGAUUUGACAGAAUUGUUCGUAUUGCAAGAAUUAUGAUGUUUGGAUUCCCUGAGGCCCAAGUCACUUUGUUGAAAGACAAGCUUGAGGUGAUUGUACCAAGACCUCGCCACUGGAAGCCCAUCGUGGGGGGAUAUGUAUGGAUUUAUUUUGGAGACAUGAAGUACUUUUGGCAGGCACAUCCAUUCACUUACAUGCAUGAUGAAAAUAACGUGAUGUUAUACUGUACUGUCCAUUCUGGAGUGACAGAAAAAAUCGCCAAGAAGUUGAGAGCUAAUCCUUCUGGGCCCAGCAUGAAAAUGCGCGUGACUUUAGAAGGUCCUUAUGGAACUUCAAGUCCUAUCGAGCAUCAUAGUGAUGUUGUCUUUGUCGCUGGAGGUAACGGUAUUCCAGGUAUGUUAAACGAGUUCAAACAUUUGCUCAAGAAGCAAGAUUGCAAACAAAGGCUUCAGUUGAAUUGGAUCAUAAGAGAGGCAUUUAAUUUCGAGGAGAUGGCUAAAUACUUUGCAGAAUUACCAUUGUUAAAUGCCGAGGUUAACAUUUACAUCACUCGUCCAGCCUCUUUCGAGUCGCCUAUUGGCCUGGAUGCUAGCAAUGAUGGCGAUUACAAGACCGAAGCUAAGAGCGACACAUUAAGUGGAAUAUCGUUGCUCCAGUCGGACUACCCAGAAUUGAACUUUUUCUCGCUGAGACCCGACAUGAAUACUCUUGUCCAGAAAGACAUCGAUGAUGCAGCUAACAGUGUUGCAUUUGUCACUUGUGGUCCAGCAGUGAUGGUGGAUGAGUUGCGUGCAAUAAUUGUUGAGAAGAUUGACCUGACAAAGAAGAGAGUUGAUUUCUACGACACUGUGGAUGUGUGGAACUAA